GCGAUUCGCAAGAGUUGAUGAGCAGUUUGAAAGAGUCGACGCGCGAUUCCGCGAACUCACCCAGUCGUUCAUAGCUCAAACGACGAACUCGCGAGCGGCGUCACCUCGUCACCAGAUCCUCCCUUUAGGCGUCACCGACCCUUCUUCGCCGUCAGAACUCCUAUUUCCUCCACCUUCCCUACAUUUCCCAGGCACGGUCAUGCACUUUUGGGAUUUACAAGAAGACAGGAAUAUUCGUAAGCUCGUGGCUCUCUGUAACUUUUACAGGAUAACGCGGGAAGAGAUUGUCGGAGACCUGACCAACUUGAGUGUCUUUGAAGAUGUUGAAGAUACUUCUCCGUCGAGCUCCGCAUCAAGCUCCGAGGAGGCCUUGCGCGUGCUGCAGAAGACAGUGAUGGAGAGUCGCCAGGGCGCUCUAUCUUGCCUAGCGAAUCGGUUACAUUUGAAUUUCGAGAGCAUAUCAUACAACGUGGGACCGGUGUUACAACUUCGAGAGGAGGCAGCUCGACGAGAAGAGAGGGGUGUGAAACGAGCCGCGGGCAGUGAGAAAGGCUUUGCUCGUAUUGGCGGUCUCGACAACAAGAGGAUGCUUCGGGAUAACACGUCGGCCAGUGAGCAUAGCCCCACGAACCGACACAGUGGCAAUCGUGAACGCGACAACGGGCACGCUCCACUCACACAACGCGUUAAAGACUACCUUGUACCUCAAGAAGAGCUAAUGUGGCGGCAGAGCCCAGAGUCAGCCAGGACAAAAUUAGGCUAUGCCAAAGAUUCUCAGCUAACUCCUGAGCGACGCAAAAUUCGAGAUCCUUCACACUACCAGGAAACUGCCCCAGAACUCGAAUCAAUCAAGUCGGAACCCAACCUAGGCCGGCAGAGCAAAGAAAAUACUGAAAAGGUCAUAAGGUUCUCGCCAUCUCCGGGAUCGACAGUGCCAUUCUCACACACGCCGACACCUGUCAAAGAAGCAGAAGAGAGGAGAAGGGAGAAACAGGGUUCUCCGUUUUCGAUUGCG